CCUGAAGCAAUUUUAAGCAAAACUCGGUUAGGUACUUGAAAUAUCUACCGACUUUGCAAUAAAUGCAUUGAAGUUGAGAACCUCCUGUAUUAACUUCUUGUUAUGACGGAAGUGCAGAGGGAAUUAUAGUCAUAAUGCACCCUGCAUUUCACAGUAUGUACCCCUCUGUCGGUAUGCAGCAACAAGCCAUGGCUACGGGCUACCUCACGGGGUCUGCAUUUGAUUACAACACUUAUCCCCGUCGUCAACCCGUGUGGCUCGGGGGUACGUCCGCCGCCUUCACGGCCAACCCGCCGGCGUACAGUCUGGGCUCGCCGCGGCCUGCUGCGCCGUCCCCGUACAUGACACCACCAGCGUGCGGUGCUAGUUACCACCAGCUCCCCACGUCGCCUCAUCACGGCCCGUCAGUCGGCGCGGCGCAUCAGUACUACCCAUCGCCGGGGUUCCCCUCCACGGACUUCGGCUGGUUAUCCCUGUCCACGCAGCACGAGCUCUACCAGAUGGUCAGACCGCCAUAUUCCUACUCGGCACUCAUCGCCAUGUCCAUCCAGUCCGCCUCUGAACGGAAGAUCACCCUCAGCGGCAUCUACAAAUACGUGGCCGAGAACUUCCCCUUCUACAAGAAGUCCAAGGCCGGCUGGCAGAACUCGAUUCGUCACAACUUGUCGCUCAACGAUUGCUUCCUGAAGGUGACCCGGGCAGACAACGAUCCUGGCAAGGGGCACUACUGGACCCUUGAUCCCAACUGCGAGAAGAUGUUCGACAACGGCAACUUUCGCAGGAAGCGAAAACGCCGAGAAAACAACAGUAAGGCCGACAGUCAGGAACUUCACAAGAACUCCAAAUUGUCCACACUCGCUGACGAUGCUCUGAUGACCGGUUCCGCCGGUUUGACGAAGCUGUCUGCCUCCUCGCCUGCCGCUACUCCUCCGGGGUAUCCCUUCCCGAACCCGCUGGGACAUGGUGAGAUCGCUGACCCACUACCGGACCACAAGCCGUGUCUCUACCAGUCCGCGAAGAGCGAUAACCUCCUGGCGUCUUUUGCGGCAUUCGCCAACAAACAGUUUGCCGAGUUCGAGCAGCAGGCAGGAGACGGCAGCAAGGCGGGGACCGAGACGCUUGUGACGACGGCAGCGGGCCGGGAUCGGUUUAAGCCGGCCUGCGAUAGGGCCGUCCCGUCCGGUGACUCCACCGGCGGGUCGGGACAAGGGAACGGCGCACAAGGUGCUUCACGUUAUGGGUUCAGUGUCCGAAGCCUGCUUGCAUACCCGCACCACAACAUGGCAGACUGAGGAAGGAUUAACAAACUGCAAGCUCCGGAGGAAUGUACAUUUUUAAACAGUUACUUUGAACAUUUUCUAAUAUUAUGUUCUGGGUUGUACGAAAGUACGAAACCUAGGGAAGAUUGAUUUCUUCAACAGUUAACUUUUGCCGAAUGAAAAAAACUCAUCCCGGCCGGGCAUUUUACUUCAUCUUACUCGGUUGUGAUUCCGAUGACGUCACUCGAAAGAAAACGUUUCAAAGCUUAAAGGUAGAUAGAAUCAUUUGCAUUCUGUGCAUUUUUUGUUCGUUUGAUUCCGAUAACGUCACUCGAAAAAUCGAAAGUUUCAAAGUUAAAACAGGUACAUCUUUUUUGUGCACUGUUUUUUCGUUUGAAGCAACAAAAUUGGUAAAUCGUUUGUAGGGUGCAUAACAAUUAACCUGUUUUAAAAAAAAAAUGUCCGCGGAAGAUACUAUAUAUUUUUAAUAAAAAUUGCUACAACAACUCGGGGCUUAAAUGCUUACUAGCAAUGAAAUUUGUCAUAUUUGUUCAAUUUCCAUGUCUUGUAUCACGCCCUUUGGAGUCAGCGGGAUAUUUAAGUAGGCCGAACAAGCACGUUGCUGCACGUAAGGAUAUUUCCAACACAUGUACUAGAAAUAAAGUAUCAUUCAUUGGGUUCGGCGGAAACCUGGACGUCUAAAGUUUGCUGCCUGUUCACAUCCGAUAACUUAAUAUUGGUGGUAUACCUGUAAAUAAAUGCAUUGCAAAAUGUCC